AUGACAGAACGACUAGAAGAUAUUGAUUAUGCUGAUGAUCUUUGCAUUAUGUCACAUAAUAUCAAUGACAUUAAAGGCAAAAUAAACGACCUAGUCGAAGAAGGAGGAUUAAUGACGGCCACAACAGUGAUGAUCGUAGUAGUGACAUCAUCAUGGUGGUGGUUUCUGGUUGUAUCAUCGACAGCACUAUCCACAUUAAGUACAACACCAGCAUGUCGAUUGUCUGAAUAUUUCUGUGAUAAUGGUCGCUGUGUACCGCUCAAUCGUUAUUGUGAUAAUAUUGAUGAUUGUGGUGAUUCAUCUGAUGAACCUCGAUAUUGUACAAGAUGUAACCGAACGUAUUAUGGUGAUGUAGGAAAAACAUACAGUAUUGAAUUACAUCGACCGAAAGAAGAUCGCCUUCCAUUUAUAUGCCAUUUGACAUUUAAAGCUGGUGGAAAUGAUUUAGGUGACAUUGUACAGUUAACAUUUGACAGUUUUACAAUUGGACGUUUUGUAUCGUUUACACGAGAUGGAUGUCCAGAUGGCUCAUUGCAAAUAUCAGAAGGGGAUCGUCCACAAGUGGGUGGCUCAUGGUGUGGCAGCUCAUGGGGGCCAGUUAUAUAUUACAGUGAAACAAAUAGUAUAACAAUUUCAUUACGCUUAUUACGCUUAUCAAAAGAUCAGAAUGGUUAUAAUUUUGAUUUUCGAAUGGAAUAUAAAGUAUUAAGGAAAGAUGAUGCCAUUGUCAGAUAUGGAGGAAUUUUACCAACAGAUCAUACAUUUUAUAAAUUAAAUAAUAAAAUCAAUAAUAAUAAUAAUAAUAAAAUCAAUAAUAAUGAUACGUCUUCAACAUCUGAAUAUUAUUUAGGUGAUUUAAUCGCUGGAACAUAUUGUUCACGGAUAUAUAGUGACUGUGAUAGAAAAAAAUGUCGUUUACAAUCACCAAACUUCCCCGGUGUUUAUCCACGGAAUUUAACAUGUUAUUAUGCGGUGCGUCAACAUGAAAUACCGGUUGGUAAACAUGCGUUGAUUACGGUCCGUCAACCGAAAGGGCAAUUAGUGGCGAUACGUAGUGAAUCAGCGUUAUAUGGGAAUCAACAGCAACAACAUCAGACAAGGGAAUUGAAGGUUUGGAAAGAAUGUGACGAUGUACAAGAUUUUGUAACAAUUUACGAUGGUUAUACAACACGUGAUCCUGUCAUAUUAAAGUUUUGUGGAGGUGGUGAACCUGUUCCCGAAUCAAUAUCCAGUGGUCAUGAACUUCUUGUUGAAUUCACAACAUCCCCAUAUGGUACAUUUCUACAUCCACAACCAGUUCAAUCCCUUCAUGGAUUUCAAUUAGAAGUUCAAGUAAAAUUUGUGGACAUUUUAUCACCAACAUACGUAAAAAGUAAACGAGCUUGUGAAUUUUGGAUACGUGGUACAAAUCGUGGUAUUUUAGAAAGUCCACAACAUUCUGUAUCACCAAACACAACGUGCCUUUAUCAUCUGCAGGGAAUUGACACAUCAAUAUCACCAACGCAUGGACCAUUUCGACAAGUACCUGGACGAUUUUCACCCGAUGGUCAAUUUACAUCGACACAAUAUUGGCGACGGGGCGGUGUACCACGUUAUCGUGUUUGGUUCUCCUUGUUAAAGUUUCAUGUUACGUCCGCUAUUGAGCCACAAUUAAUUGAAGAAGAGGCAUGUGCAACCCAUUUGAAUGUCUGGGAUGGUAUGAUGAAAAUGCCCUCAUACUGCAAUGAUUUAUUCUGCAAUGAUAAAGAGAAAGUAAUGGUUAAAAGUGCAGUAUUAUCACCACGUAUAAAUUCAAUUAUUGGAAACUAUCCAUACGGUCCAGGUGGAAGCGGUGGUGGUGUAAUGCUUCGCGGUACUGGAAAUAGUUCAGCAUUAUUGGCAAGAUUUUGUAAGGAUCGAGUUCCACGCAGUUGUGAUCAUAGUAUGUUACAAAAUGCUACAAGAUAUCCACGUCCAUGUUAUUUACAGGAGAGUUUUCUAUCAUCUGGAGAUAGUUUGACGCUUGAAUUAAGGAUCACUGAAUCAACAGCACUUAGACCAGUUACAUUCAAAGCUUUGUACGAGUUUGUAGAUUUAUAUCAGGAUGGUGAGCCUUUUGGUAGCGGUCCAUGUUCUCGUAGAUUUAUCAGUCGUACACAGGAUAGUAACACAUUAAUAUCAACCCGAUUUCAAGCUCCGCGGGAUAUUUUUUUGUAUGGAAGAGGUGGAAAUACAAAUUUGAGUUGUGUUUAUAGAUUUGAAGCACAACGAGGUGAACGAGUAAAAAUCACAUUAUCUCGUUUAAUAACCGGUGGUAGAUUAUGUAAAACACGUGAGGAUAUCGAUCAAGGACGUUUCCAAUGUUUUGGUAACACAACGGCAACCGUACAAUUCUACGAACUACCCUGGUCUGGUGAUGGUGGUACUGCAGUCCCACGAGAUUGCCUAUGUGCGGAUGAGAGUGGUAUCGUACCAUUUACAUUUAUAUCAACAGCACAUAUUGUUGAAUUGAGAUUUAACGUAUUAUGGAUGAAUUCCACCGAUGAUUUCACAACAAUGUUCUUUGAUGGUUCAUGGGAAUUCAUUAAAAAACCAGUAUGCUCGAAAAAUUUACGUAAAUUUGGUGCGAGUGGUGAUAUUUAUUUUCGUUCGCCAAGUCGUACACCAGAUGAGGUGAACUGUGAAAAUCACCCGUUACUAAUAACGCCAUCGGAAAAUAAAUUUCUAUAUGUUAAAAUAAGCGGACAUAUUUUGAAGCCAUUAGAAUUAUUUCGUGAAAUAAAUGGUACAUUAAUAGCAGUACGUCCAUUUGACAUGAGAAAACGAUGUGGUACAAAAAACAGGAUUACAAUUUAUACUGGAGUUUCAAAUCGUAUUAUUGUUUGUCCGUAUUCAUCCUCGAGUUCGUCACAUUCCGAAGUCGAAGCAUUCUCUGAAGGUUGGACAAUGGCUAAAACUAUACAAGAACAUCCUAUUGUAGCAGACAAAGCAACGUUAGAUCGACUGGCAGACGAUCCACCUCGAAGUAUUGUUAUAGAGUUUUUAGGACGAGAAUCUGGAUCGUAUAUUGUAAAUUGGUUAGAACUUUCUAGAAGGAAACCAUUAAUUUUACCACAACCGGAUCCAAUAACCGGUGAAGAAAUCGAACAAUUUUGUAUGCAUCGAUGUCCCGAAUUAGAUGCAUGCAUUAACGCAUCAUUAUGGUGUGAUGGUAUCGAUCAUUGUCCAUCUGGUUACGAUGAAGCGCUAACACAUUGCUCGAUAAUCUUACAAUUACCAAUCAUGUAUUUAUUAUCUGGUACAGCAAUCAUCUUAAUUACAAUCUGUUUAUGUUGCGCAUACGCAUUUCAAAAGUGUAAACGAAGACGACGUUCAAUUCUACAAACACGCUUAAAAAGUUUAUCAUCCGAUACACAAAUCAUUGAUGAGAAAGAAGUGAUUUGCUGACACAGCGACAAUUCUGUACGCUAUGUUGAGGUUGAUCGAGUGACUACAGUGUGACAACAAUAUACGUCACUAAGUCAAUAUGUGA